CGAGCCUGGGCGAGGACUUACGUCAGCGUCUCGCCGUCGGCCGCCUCGCCGUCGGCCGCCUCGCCGUCGGCCGCCUCGCCGUCAGCCGCCUCGCCGUCGGCCGCCUCAUCGUCGGCCGCCUCGCCGUCGGCAUCUCGCCGUCGGCCGCCUCGCCGUCGGCCGCCUCGCCGUCCACGUCUCGUCGUCCGCGUCUCGUCGUCCGCGUCUCGCCGUCCCGUCUCGCCGUCGGCGUCUCGCCGUCGGGGUCUCCCCGUCGGCGUCUCGCCAUCGGCAUCUCGCCGUCAGCGUCUCGCCGUCGGCAUGUCGUACGUCAGCGUCUCGCCGUCGGCCGCCUCGCCGUCGGCCGCCUCGCCGUCGGCCGCCUCGCCGUCAGCCGCCUCGCCGUCGGCCGCCUCAUCGUCGGCCGCCUCGCCGUCGGCAUCUCGCCGUCGGCCGCCUCGCCGUCGGCCGCCUCGCCGUCCACGUCUCGUCGUCCGCGUCUCGUCGUCCGCGUCUCGCCGUCCCGUCUCGCCGUCGGCGUCUCGCCGUCGGGGUCUCCCCGUCGGCGUCUCGCCAUCGGCAUCUCGCCGUCAGCGUCUCGCCGUCGGCAUGUCGCCGUCGGCGUCUCGCCGUCGGCCGCCUCAUCGACCCGAAUGCAGGGUCGACUGGCUGCCGGGACUCGGGGCGUACGAGUCGUCCGGCCUGCCGGCACCCGCACGCAGGGGCCGGCCGUACUUUUAUAACGCCCGUCUCAGGUGGGUGGAUGGGUGGGUGGGCGACGUGGGUGUGGGUGUGGUGCGGCUGGGGCAUCAACCUGUGCGCCCCAGUGGCACCGAGCGGGCGUUGCUGAUGAUGGGCCCGGCUGAG